CAGACACCUGCCCGUUAACCUCUCAUUAUCUCUCCAACUUAAACGUGAAAAAAACCGCUACCACUCUCUUGCUCCACCAUUAUCACCACCACCACCUUAUCACUGGGUGGUUGCGGAUGAUUCCGGUGGACCUCCGCCAUUUUUCUCCCUAGCAUUUAAACCCUCAAAAAGAUGGGUCAGGGGCUUAGUUGCAGGGUAAAAGACGAGCAUUGGUUGUUCACAGCCGUGCAGUCAGGCGAUUUGGAGACUGUAAGGAGUGUUUUGGAGAGAGAUCCCGAUCUUAUUCAACAAACCACCGUCAACGAUCGCCAUUCUGCUCUUCACAUAGCUGCUGCCAAUGGCCGAAUCGAGAUUGUUUCUAUGCUUUUGGGCGAUCAGUUAGUCAAUCCCGAUUCCUUGAAUCGUCAUAAACAGACUCCAUUGAUGUUAGCUGCAAUGCAUGGGAAGAUCUCUUGUGUACAAAAGCUCAUUGAAGCUGGGGCCAAUAUUUUGAUGUUUGAUUCACUGAAUGGAAGAACAUGUUUGCACUAUGCUGCUUUCUAUGGCCACUCUGAUUGUCUUCAAACCAUUCUUUUAGCUGCCAGGACCUCCCACAUUGCAGUUUCUUGGGGAUUUUCAAGAUUUGUGAAUAUAAGAGAUGGUAAAGGAGCAACUCCAUUACACUUAGCUUCACGUCAACAACACCCUGAUUGUGUUCAUAUACUUUUAGAUAAUGGAGCUCUUGUUUGUGCCUCUACUGGUGGAUAUAGCUUUCCUGGUAGCACUCCACUUCAUUUAGCCGCAAGAGGGGGUUCAAUCGAUUGUAUCAGAGAAUUAUUGGCAUGGGGUGCAGAUAGACUUCAACAAGAUUCAUCUGGAAGAAUUCCAUACAUGGUUGCUUUAAAGCAUAAGAACGAGGCAUGUGCAGCAUUGCUAAACCCUUCAUCAGCAGAGCCUCUGGUGUGGCCUUCACCAUUAAAGUUCAUUAGUGAGCUUCAUCAAGAUGCAAAAGCCUUGUUAGAACGAGCUCUAAUGGAGGCCAAUAAGGAGAGGGAGAAAACAGUCUUGAAGGGCACCAGUCACUGGGUUCCAUCUCCAUCACAUUAUGAUUCCGAUGGUAUAGAUGACAAUAUCUCUGAGGUAAGCGAAACGGAGGUAUGUUGCAUAUGCUUUGAUCAAGUAUGCACAAUAGAGGUUCAAGAUUGUGGGCAUCAAAUGUGUGCUCAAUGCACUCUAGCUUUGUGCUGCCACAACAAGCAAAAUCCAUCAACUCCGCCAGUCUGCCCCUUUUGCCGGAGCAAAAUUGUACGGUUGGUGGCGGUGGAAGUUAAAGCCGCCCAUCAAAAGGCUUGGAAAUCAAGAAUGCCUACAAAUUGCAUUGAGGAAAGCUGUGGGCUAUCGGCUGUAUCCUCAUUUGGAAAAGCAAGGAUUGAUCAAUGCAUUGAUAAAACAUGAAAAAUGUCAAAUUUAUGUGUUAGCAACAUUUUGGUUGAAUAUAAAGAUCUGUGCCAUAUUGGGUAUAUGUAUAAAGGAUCUCUUUGUUGUAUAAUUUUCUUGUGGGGUAAUCAGCAAACCAAAGGGUAAUUUUCUUGGUUAGUAAGUUCAAGAG